UGUAGCAACUGUACAAAUUUCGUAGGGAAGACUCGAAGGUUGUAUCAUGUAAGUAAAUACUUAUUACUCAUCGUGUAUUAUACAUAUAAUAUUAUUAUUUGUUUAAUUAUUAUAACUUGUCAAAUUCUAUUAAUCUGUGAUGGAUGUUAACAAUGGGAAAUUUAAAUAACCGACUGUUUCGCGAAGAAACAGUUUCAGGGUUACCGGAUGAGAACGUUGUUGGUCGAGCGUCAUCGUCGUCACAAACUUGAAAAAUCACCGACAAGCUCGUCCGUUCACUUCAGUACGUUAUUGUUCUUCGAAGAACUCGCUCCUGGAAAAUGUGCACGGAAAUGUUAUUAUUACACGCAAUAAUCGUCCUCGGGGCGUUUAUCACGGGUUCCACGACAAAUUCACAUCCAUGGAUAGUAGAAAAGAUACCUGAUGACCUCCCGUGGAUUUUUGGAAAAUUUCGAACAAAAAAUCUCUCUCAAGAAAUGGGGAAUGCCAAAGUCUGUCAAACGGAAGACUGUCGACUUACUGGCCAGAAAUUUCUUCGGAGUCUCAAUAAGUCCGUUGAUCCUUGCGAAGAUUUUUACGAAUAUGCUUGCGGCGGAUGGCGUGCAAAUAAUCCCAUACCAGCCACUGAACCCAGCUGGGAUCAAUUCAGAAUAGUUGAAGAAAUGAAUGAAGAGCGUAUACGAGGAAUUCUAGAAGAACCAAAAAUGGACAGCGAUAUUCUACCGGUACGGGCCGCCAAGCAAUUAUAUAAAUCGUGCAUGAAUUUAGACGCCAUUGAGAAAAGUGGUAUAAAACCGCUGGAAAUCAUUCUGGAAGAAAAUGGUGGCUGGCCGAUGGUUAUGAGAGCAUGGGAAUGGAACAGCAACAGGAUAUCCUGGCAGCAGAUUCAGGACAAUUAUUCGCGAUUAAGCGAAGAGGCAACUUUAUACAGUUUGGCAGUAUCGACAGAUUUAAAGAAUGCCAACGUACAUUUGUUAACGCUGGACCAGCCGGAUUUUACAUUACCGCGAUCAAUGCUGGUCGAACGUGAACAGUAUCAAGAACAAAUUAUGGCUUACGCUAAAUAUAUAGAGGAAGUGGCAGUAGCAUUUGCUGAAUCCAGACGUUUGGAUGUGAAUUCAAAAGCAAUAUCCGAGGACGUUGCUGAUGUGAUUAAUUUUGAGAUCGAAUUAGCUAAGAUCGCGUCUCCUGACGAAAUGAGGCGAGACGUGGAUCGCAUGUAUAAUCACAUUACUAUUCGUAGACUACAAAAAUGGUACAACAAAGCACUGCCUAAGAGUAGAAAAGCAAAGAUAAACUGGCUGAAGACAAUACAAAAUUUAUUUACCGAGGCCAACAUUCAAGUGGAAAUUACAGAGAAGAUUUUAGUUAUCGAAAUGGAAUAUAUUUUUAAGCUUGUUAAUGUACUUGAAAAAACUUCAGAAAGAACAAUCGUCAAUUAUCUGCACUGGAGAUUCGUGAGCAACAUGCUGUCCUACACAAAUGAGAAAAUGAGGAACAUCAACUUUGCAGUGAUCAAGAAUUUUUCCGGAAUCAUUGAACAGAAACCACGGUGGCAGACGUGUGUUUCUGAAAAUCAGUUGAGCCAUGCCGUGUCAUAUCAGUUUGUACAAAAAUAUUUUCCGGAAGAGUCGAAAAGGACUGCUAUGGAGAUGGUUAAAGAGAUUGAAGAUGAACUCGACAUUCAAAUUUCGCGCUCCGAUUGGAUGGAUAACGAGACUAAAUCUGCGGCUAAGGAAAAACUUAGAAGUAUGACGGAAUUUAUUGGGUUUCCUGAUUGGUACAAGAAUGUUUCAGCAAUUUUGCAUUAUUACAAGGGCAUGAAAGUGGGACCGUCCUACUUUGAUAAUGUAUUGAAUUACAUAAAGUUCUCAUUGAGGAAAAGUUUGAGGAAUCUAAGGGAACCGGUUGACAAGACUGAGUGGACCGUAGCACCUAUUACGGUGAAUGCAUUUUAUAAAUUCAGUGGCAAUUCUUUGACAUUCCCAGCGGCGAUUCUUCAAAUUCCAUUCUUCAGUGCAUCUCAGCCCAACGCUAUUAAUUAUGGAUCGAUCGGAUCCGUGAUCGGCCAUGAGAUAUCGCACGGCUUUGACGAUAUCGGACGUCAAUUUGACAAAAACGGAAAUGCAAUUCAAUGGUGGUCAGAUGCAACUAUAAAAGCCUAUAACGAAAGAGCCGAGUGCUUUGUUGAUCAAUUUAACAAAUACCAAAUAAAAGAGCUCCAAAAAGUGAACGAUACAAUUUUUGCGAACGGUGAACUGACUCAAGGUGAAAAUAUUGCUGACACCACAGGACUUCAAGCUGUUUAUGAGGCUUAUCAAACAAAAUUGGCAGCUGACGGAAUAACAGAGGAUAGACUUCCAGGACUGGAGGAUUUCAAUAAUCAACAAAUCUUUUUUUUGUCCUAUGCUAACACCUGGUGCGAAUCCAUCAGGCCGGAACUUCUUUUGUAUUCUGUGAAGACUGACACACACAGUACAAGUCGACUCAGGGUGAUUGGAUCGGUAUCGAAUACGCAAGGAUUCAGCGAGGCAUUUCAAUGUCCUAGAGGAAGUCGAAUGAAUCCUGAGAAUAGGUGUAAUCUUUGGCAAUGAUAAAAACAAUGUAAAAGUUGACAGGAUUUGAUAGAUAUUGGAUUUGUUAGUUAAUACAAUUAAAAAUAGAUUUUUAUACUACUUA